AAAGUGGAUCAUUAUUGCAGUUGAUUUUUGAUGGGAAAUACGAGGCAAUAUUUUCAAAUUCAGUCAUCCAGAAUGUUUUCAGUGCAUCUUCUGUGACAGAGGAGAACAUUGACAGUUACUUGGAGAAACAGAUUCUGGCAUACCUGGACCUUUCUGCAGAGGUUGAUAACUUGGAAAGGCAGCGACUGAUAUUUCUACUUGGUGUGGGCAGUUUGCAGCUCUUCGUUCAAAGCAAUUGGACUGGGCCUCGUCUUCAAUUAAAGCUUCAGGACUUUUUGCCACCUGCAUUGUUACAGAAAUUCUGUGAGCCAAAAAUGCUGCAUGCAGCUAUUUUAAAGAUGCUGGUUCUAGAUGGUGAAUCAGUCUAUACCUUGACUUCUUACCCUAUUUUGCUGCUUAUAGCCAGGAUAAUCCUUGUGAAUUCAAGACACAAACUUGCAUCUCUUCAGACAUUAUCUUGGUGGACUCUAAGAUAUGUGAAUAUUCACCAGCAGUUGUUAGAGGAGAGAUCACCUGAGCUAUUUACUCUUGCCCAGACCUGUAUGAAACAAGUGACAGAAGCAGAAACUUUGUUCACAGGUGGUGAGAGCUGGCACUUAGCAGUUCAGUUCCAUCUUGAGUGUGCCUAUACAUUUUUGUAUUACUAUGAGUAUAAAAAAGCUAAACAAUGUUUCAAUACGGCUAAAGACAUAACGAAACUGCAGAUUAAUCUUACAGGUGCUUUGGGGAAGAGAACACGAUUUCAGGAAAAAUACGUUGCACAGCUUAUUUUGGAUGUCCAAAGAACAGAUGAAUUCCUCCUUCCUCACAGUGAACUAAGUCCAGCUCCAACACCUCUAGAAAACUUAACAAUGUGUUGUACUGGAUUUGGUGAAAAGAGAUUGACUGCAUAUAUGUCACAACUUGUGCUUGAUAGAACUAUGUAUAGCAACCCAUUUAAGGAUAGUGAGAACUCGGGGGAGGCGCCUUG